AUGGGUCAUGGCAGCAGCGGCGACGGUGGCGGCGGAGGAGACGGAGCUCUGGCCGUGGUGCCCGAGGAAGCCAAGCCGCAGCCGCAGAUGCAGCGACAGACCGCCCUCGACGUGCCGCCCUUCCUCAUCUUUGAAAAGUGCAGGGCGCCGGAGCUCUUGGAGUGCCAUGCCUGCCACCUCCCCCUCAAACCGCCUAUCUUCUCGUGCGACGACGGGCAUCUGAUGUGCUCGUCCUGCCGCGGCGCGCACGGCGAGGACUGCGGCCGCGUCGCCGCCCACUGCCGCCUGGCAGACGCCUACGCCGGCGCCGUCAAGCUGCCGUGCGACUACGUCAAGUUCGGCUGCGAGGCGGGACUCAUCGUAUACCACGACGCCGCGGACCACCGCCGCGCUUGCCAGUACGCGCCCUGCUACUGCCCAGAGCGCGCCGGGCCAGGAGGUGGCGAAGGCGGUUGCAACUUCUCCGGCUCUCGGCAGAUGCUCCUCGACCACAUCUCCACGGAACACUCCAGCCCCAUCAUCGUCGUCCGCUAUGGCCAGCCGGGGAAGCUCAGCCUGCCCCUGACCCGGCGCUGGCACGUCCUCGUCGGCGAGGAGGAUAUGGCCGACCGGCAGCGGAACGUGUUCCUGCUGGUCCUCGCCGAGCGCGACAAGGGCGCCGCGGUGUCGAUGGUGUGCGUCAGGGCGGACGAAGGCGCACCGGCGGUGCCGCAGUUCUCGUACAAGCUCACCGUGGAGCACGCCGGCAGUGGUGCGAGGGUGACGUUCGAGUUGCCCGUGAUGACAUGCAGCUCCCUGCCCGGUGGCACGCCAUGGCCGGACGAGGUCACGUCUCUGUACGUGCCGAAAGCGUAUUUAUCUGGCGACGCUGUCCCCCUCGGCAUCCACAUUGACAAACUCGUUCCUCCUCCUCUUCCUCCUCCUUCUGACACUACUCCUCCUGCGCCGGCAACCGCCGCCGUCUUCAAGUUCACAGCGACAGAUCAAGGCAACAAGAAACGAAAAUCUAGCAAUCCGAGGAAACUCUAG